CUGGAACAUUUGUAAAGUUUGAGCAUUAUGAGAGACAAAAUAUGGAUGAACCAGGUCAAUUCAAGAGAAUUUUUAUAGCAUUUGAACCUUUGAUCAUUGGAUUUCUUGAGGGUUGUAGACCUUUAAUAGGAGUUGAUGGGUGUCAUUUGAAAGGUCCAUAUGGAGGUUGUCUUCUUAAUGCUGUAGCUUUGGAUGGAAAUAGAGGAAUCCUGCCUAUAGCAAUUGCAAUUGUUGAGGGAGAGUGUUAUCAAAGCUGGGAGUUUUUUCUAGACUGUUUAAAACAAUGUAUUGGAGGAGAAGAUGAAGGCAAACACUAUACAUUCAUGUCAGAUAGACAAAAGGGGUUGAUUGAGGCAGUGUCCAACAUAUUUCCAACAGCUACACACAGAUAUUGUUGUAGGCAUAUCUUCUCCAAUUUCAUCAAGCAAUUUCCUGAAAUUUCUCUAAGGCCGAAGUUUUGGAUGGCAGCACGAAGCACAACUGGAUUUUCAUUUUGGGCUGUAAUGAAAGAGAUAUAGAAAAUUGAUAAUGGUAAGGCUAGUAAGUGGUUAUUAAAGAUAAAGCUAAAGCAUUGGUGUAAACAUGCUUUUACUAAAGAUGCUAAAAGUGACCUUAUUAGUAAUAAUAUGUCUGAAUCAUUUAAUGCUUGGAUUGGAAAGUUAAGAGGGAUGCCUAUUACCACCUUA